AUGGUCCUGCUUGUCAUCAAACUGGACAAAAAGGAGAUGAGGGGUCCUCCCACCCUGAAGGUCAGGCUGUGUUGUCAGUGUGAAGCCGAGCAAUGCUCUGGUGCAUCCUUGCACUUCAGCCUCAUUGGACGGACAGCCCUCCUUGACACCAUGAGCAUAACCUGGAUAGUCAUCGAUCCUGGAGCCACAGGGAUCAAGGAGGAGUGGCAGAACAACCAGAAACUGGCAGAGUAUUUCAGGAAGAUCUCAACGGGAGGCUGCAGUUAUUGGCUUAGGGAAUUCCUAGAACACUGGGAGAACAUGCUGCUACCAGAGCCCACAGAGCCACUAAUAAUGGCCCCAGGUAUUGGCCAGUCUGCAUCCAUCCGAUUGGUUACUUGGAUUGUCCUAUUGAUCAUCACCCAGUGA